GGCAUCAGUUCAGUUAUCGGUGUUGUGGAAUGUCAGUGUGUUUGUUCCUUAUAACAAAAUAACUUACGAGAAAAAUUGAAUGGCAUCUUACUCUUCAUUGGUUACCUCUUUCAUACAAUACACAUAAAAUUGAUACAUCAUGUUAACUUCAAGUAAUCAAUAUUUAAGGCCGGAAUAUCUGACACCACUGCCUACUACGUUGGAUGCCAAGAAGAGUCCUUUAGCAUUGUUAGCCCAAACAUGCAGUCAAAUAGGAGCAGAUCCCUGCAAUUCCAAACUUUUGCAAAGUACGGACAAGAUUAAUAAAACAACCAAGUUUGACACAGAUAAGGAAAAAUUUGAUUCAAAUUCUACAGAAUACAUAAAUAAAUUAAGUUCUAAAAAUGAAUUAAAUUCAGCUCAAGAAAAAUCUAGAACUCCAGAGGAAAGUUCUAGUUGUGGUUCUACUAUAUGUCGCGUAAACACUCCUUUAACUACUAAAGUGUCAUCAAAUGGACGUUGUUCAAGUAGUCAAAGUGUUAAUUCACCCUGUACAUCCCCUGAUGCUGCAGAAUAUAAAACGUCACCCGAAAAUAAUGCAGAACUAAUCAAUUCAUCAGAAAAGGCUAAUCAUGGAGCUACAUCCCUCACUUCAUCUCCUGGUACAUCUAAGACAGCAUUUACUCCAAACAUCCUCACAUCUUCGUCAGAUCCCAGUAUUAAAGAUUUACCCUUAGGUACAUUUAAACCAAGUUUACAGCCUGCAACCUCUUCAUUCUUAGGUGGAUAUUCAACAGGGUUUCCUGUGCCUGUGGAUAUUAUGACAAGUACUUUAAUACCUCAAAAUCAUACAUUAAAAUCUGGUGUAAUAAGUUCGUAUCUUGGAUAUGGAAGAAUGAAGACACAAGAGUCUCUCUCAUCCGUGUGUAGGGAUCCUUAUUGUGCUGGAUGUAGUGUUGGUUCUCAUUUAAUAGGUGCUUCAAAUGCAGGCAAAACAAUAUCGUGUCCGGCGGGUUGCGCGCAGUGUGAUCACUCAAAAGCACCUACAUCUAGUGGAUACAUGAGUCAUAAUUCUGCUGCUACUGUAUAUGCUCAUGCUCAACUAGCAGCUCUAGCUGCAGCUUCUCAUUUACCAUAUGUUUGCAAUUGGAUAUCUGGUGAUGCAACUUAUUGUGGUAAAAGAUUUUCUAAUUCUGACGAAUUGUUAUCACACUUAAGGACACAUACUAGUGCGGCUGUAUCUGAAACUAAUUCUUCCUUAUCAAUGUUAAGUUCUACAGUGCUUCCUCCUACACAUUCUUUUCUGCCUCGAACAUAUCCCACACCACCGCUAAGUCCACUAACAACGGCUAGAUAUCAUCCAUAUAGUAAACCAUCUUUAAUUCAUCCAUCGUUAAGUUCCCCUUCACUAAAUAACUUUGCAAUAAAUCAUCCGAGUUUAUCUCCGUAUCUUUCUCCGUAUUCAUUAUACGGACCACGUAUCGGAACAGCCCCUGGGAUGCAUCCGUAAAAAUUUGUUUUAUAUUUAAUGUAAAACCAAAUAAUCAUGCUGUGUUAAGACAGACUUUCCUAGUCUCACAAGAUUACCUAGUGAACUUUCAGUCACAUUAUUUUUAUGGUGUAUUUUUGUGUGGACGUGAAAGUGUGAUAUUUUUUAAUAUACAUGUAUAUUUCAAAGGAAA